AUGCCGUCCGACAAGGAUGUAACGGAUGACGCCGAAAGUGCAGGAAAUGGAACGUGUACUAUGGCUGUACGUUACAUGAGCGAGGGGAGAGGCAUGCCAUCGACUAGGAAGAGUAGUGAAACGUACAGAAUAGAGACACGUUCACUAAAAGACGAGGAUUUGUGCUCUGAAUCUGGCGACACUCCUAAUAAUAGUUCCGACCGUCGAGAAAAUGCAGAACAUGACCCUAAAGAGACAGUUGCAUCAGCAGCUAGAUUUGCCAGGAAAGAGCUUGAUUAUAUUGCGGAGAUGUACGUCGCCAAUUAUGAUCUGUUCCAUAAAAGUUCGCAGGGAGGUGGAAGAGCCAAGGAUGCCAUUGCUGUGAAGAGAAAGCUGUUGAAAGACAUGGCUGAUCAUCUCACAGCCUUAGUUGACGAAAAGCGAACCGUUAUGCAGAUUGAUCAGAAAAUUCGAGACGAAGUUCGACAAGUGAAGAAGUAUUUCAGACAUAAGAGGCAAGAAAUGUAUGGACUGGGAGGCUACUCAAGGGAGAUUCGCCUGUCAUCUAGCCAGCAGUACAUCGCUGACAAUUUGCGAACGAAGCCACGAUUGGCAGGGCUUCUUGAUGAUAUGGAAGCGAGACCGAUGGAAAAUGCCGGACCAAUGUCGAUGUCGGAUAUGCCGUUUGAUUAUCAUCCAGGAUGCUCGACUACUGAAUACUGUGCAAGUCUGACUUUUCCCGCUGACACAACAAGUUUUGCUGAGCAGUCCUCUCUUUCACUGGAAGCAUCGCUUUGUGGUCUGGGCGAUUUUCACAAGCCUAAACAAAUCGAGAAAUCGGACUCACUCGAUGACCUGCGCCGAGAAGCGCUCCGAGCUGAAAUCGAUUGUGCUCGUGUACGAAUGGAAGCAGCCAACGAAGAGAAGAAGUACUGGGAGGAAAAGAGGAAUCUUUUGGCUCUAGAGCGACGUAUAGCCCUAGAGCGCCAUCAGAUGAAGCCAGAUGAAGAGCAUCAUGAUCGUAUAGCAUCAGCGGCAGAGGAGCGUUUAUACUGGGAAGAGAGGCGACGAAUUUUGGCGCUCAAAAAGCAAUGCAUGCUUGAUCAAAUGGAGUAAAUGUUUUGGUCCGCAUAUAAAAUCAGUCUUUGUGGAUUUUUGAUCAUUUGAGGAAGUACAAUUGAUUUCGUGUUUUAUUAUUAGGUUGGUGCAAAAGUAAUGCGCGUUUUUCUAGCCCUUUUUUAGGACAACUUUUCUC